UUUUGCCCCCUCCCCUACGCUACGGACCAGAAGAAGUACACGGUGGUGUGGAUAUUUGGAAAGGAUGGUGAACUUCUCCGGUAUUUGGGAAGUCGUGGAAUGGGACGACGAAAGUUUCCUCAAGUUCUUUGCCGCUAUGGGUGCUCCUGAUCCAAAUAGGUCAUUUCAGCUUUUCAAAACGGUACAGAAAUUCGAGAUUAUCGACAAAGAAGACCUAGUCAUCUUGAGGAUUCCCGACCCAGCGAGUGAAGGGGGGAAGAGAGACAUUCCGUUUAAAGUAGGAGAGGAGAGCGGUGCUGUGGGACCAGUAGGAGUUCCCAUGAAGAAAUUUACGAUCAAAGAAGGCAACAAGCUGAUAUUCCACGAGACAGCUCCGGACGGACAAAAAAACAUCACUGUUCGCGAGCUACAGGGAGACAAGAUGAUACUUACAAAGACCCACGAAGGUACCGGUGUCACUGGCCGGUGUGUUUGGAAGAGAGAGGGCGGUAAGCUAUGAGGGCGGCGGCUCUUCACGCUAAAUUUCGGAGGAUUGUCUAAUAAGCAUUAUUAGUGCCUACCCUCUUGAAAUUGAGAGAGCGCGGUACAAGAAGUUACCUGUGUGUAAAAGAACGUGCAAACAGUGCACGUCAAACAUGAUGGAAGACGAAACAGAUGUCAAACUGCU